UUGUAUUUAGAUGAAAAAACACGUGAAGCGAAGCAGCCACCUGUGCUCGAUAAAAGCCGUUGUUUUUCGUCUUCGCCCAACGAACAACAAGCCUCUUUUCGUCAACAUCAUCAGCAACAGAAACAGAUGCAUUCCUCCACCUGCAAGUCCUUUCCUUCGAAUGUAUCUUCAUUGUCCUCACAUGGUAUCGGCACGGAGGCUAACUACAGCGCCUACAGUACUAUGAACACCGAUAUCAGCAUGUCUUCCAAUUCUACCAGUACCGCCGGACCCAAUGGUUCGGUAAGUGGUGGCAUUGGUGCGCUCUUGAAGUAUAUACAACAACAGCAACAACAUCCUCAUCAUCCUCUUCAUCAUCAACAAAACCACCAGCCACACUCGACCUCUGCGGUUUAUCAAGAAUAUUCAAAUGCCUACUCUCAAAAUCUUCACGCUCAACAUCCGUAUAUACACACGCCACGAUACCUACAAUAUGACCAACAACAGCGACAGUGCAAAAAUCAACAAAUAUCUCGAUGUGCAGCUUCUGACUCUGGCAAUACUCUUCUAAUGCCCUUUAGUUAUAUAACCAAUUCCACUCCUAACACCACAAUUGGUGAUGUUAACGUUGUUCCACCUUUCGCCUGUAUUUCGGCCUUCUCUUCUACUGGUACGACUUCAGAAAAUCACCUUUCUCGCGUUAGCUGUGAACCUGGAUCCUCUGGUGCUGGGAAGAAUACUCUACAAUUCGGUCUUUUAGAAUCUGGCACCCUAGUAUCAGGCCGGUCUUGUGGUAGUGGCACACGCAGCAACAGUGCUGUUGCUCGGUACUCCUGGACAGAGAGCCAGCCUUCUUUCGAUAUAUCCACCUCCGGAGAUGCAAUUCAAGCACGCACUACUCUUCCUUUAAAUACAGCUUUGCAGUCAAACGAUGGAAAGUCCAUGAUUUCGCAGCUCCCUACUUCAGAAUCGCAAUUAGAUGCUCCGAGAUUUUCUAUCUACUCACCAGUACCUCCUUGCAUGGACGAAGCUAGCGCCUCAUUACCUCCAAUUCCUCCGGUUUCCAGUCCAUCUUACUGCUCUUCGCAGUCACCACAGGUUUCUUCUCUUUCCUCAGCAGCCUAUCUCUCUCAUGGAAACUCUUCUGAAGCUACGUCACAUUUAAAUUCUGGUCAGCAAGUAUCAGGACUGACUGGACUUACCAUUCAACAACGGGCCCGCGUUGCUUCGGCGGCACUCAAUAGAGAUGGAUUUAGACGUCGCCACUCACCUUCACCUAAACGUGAAUCUGUCCACCUGGCUGGCAUCACAGUGCCCGUGUCAAUGACGAGCACAAGCUACAGUAGUCCCACCAGAAGCUUCAGUAAUGCGGCAAUUAGCAUUCCCGUGACCACUUCGAUCGAAUCGGCUCAGUCAACGAUCGGAUCGUCGAAGACUUAUACCACAACUGAUUAUACUAUCUGUUCUGGUUUUCAAGUUCCAACCACCUCACUUGGAGCUCGAUCACUGACGACUGUCUCCUAUACCUGCCCUUCGAGUCCGACCAGACGUGGUCGGUCUGAUGAUGUAGUACCGUCAAGCCGCCCGAUACAUUUAGAUGACCUGGAAAGCGUUCCAGUCGGGCAUGUAAAACAGUUGAAAGAGCGUCUCGCGUCCAUAGUCAACAGUAAACGCACUUCACAUGUAAACGACCUAGGCUCUGCCGUUGCAUCACCUGAUAAUGUAGUUCAGUCUGGCCAUCGCAUAGGCAAGUUUCGUGAUCCUCAAUUUGAUUGUUUACAAUCGUCUAACCAUGCUCGUCAAAAUUACUUGGAUGUUACGCAACAACAACAUCAUCUUCAGAACCACCGAUGCAAUCUUCUACACCAACGACCGGUGCAAACUAACAGCGUAUCCGGAACAGAAACACCAAGUCUCUCAUCUCUCUCUACCUUGUUUACAUCUAAUAAUUCGCCAUCAAUUAUCUCCACUGCUCCUCCAUUCUGUUCCACAAAUUCGGCUACUGUAGCCACUUUGGCCGGUGUUUGCUCUGUAACCAACCUUUUUGCCUCACUCGCCAGAUCCACAGCAUCCGACUCUGGCCGCAGUGGAAGUGUGGGUAGCCGUGUUGCCGGAAAUCAGGAGGCCGCUGGAUUUGUAAAGUUAAAUAGUUCCACCUGCGAUCUCACUAAAAUGGCUGGACCUGAUUUGACUAUGUUCACUUCUUCCUCAAGCAGCCUUCCUACUUCAUAUCUUGUCUCGUCUCUUUCCACACCUCCCAUACCCCAUUAUCAACCGAUUCCAACAUAUUCAUUCUCACCAUCUACUCCAUCCCAUCCCUUUCCACCCCCGCCGAUGCCACUUCCACCUCCUCCUUUUCUACUCCCCUCAACUAAACUAGGUUCAUUUCACAUUGCUGGGGGACAUUUAACCCAUGGUAUCUCCAGCACGAAUCCUACUGGCGUUACCGAACACUCGGAUGGACCAAAAACGACGAGAUCGUGCGCCCGACAUAAUCCAGCCAUUUCUGAGCAACUUACGUCGCCUCAGCACUUUGGCCAGCCUAGUCAGUACAUCUCUCGGCGGGCCGCGCUGCUCUGUCAGGCUUUCACACGCUCUUCAUCUACCCCUCCGCCUCUAUCCUCUGCAUCAUCUCCACCGCUUCCACGCCCUCCUUCUGUUUCCACUUCACCAUCUGUACAAGCUACAACUCCACUCUCUUCCCCACCCUCUUCUCCAAUCUCUGUAGUUUCCUCCGCUUGCCACCGCCAUAGCUAUCAACAGUAUCCUCACCAAGCUCACCAACCAUUUUCUCCUUCACAACAAUCCUCUGCCUCUUUUAUGCCGCAUCGCUCAUAUUCAUCCGGACCUCCACUCCUGACCACACCACCUAUCUCCCCUCCUACCACGUUGCCCAUACCAGAAUCUACAAUAUAUCCUUUACCACAUUUAGGGAUUGAUUCCUCAAACCAUUCUUGUAAUAAUCUUACAGCUCCUUGCCAAAAGCCAAUUCUAACCAAAUCCCGCUCCUCUGGCCUUGCUCAGUCAGUCCCAAGUCAGUUUAAUUUAAACACUAAUUCACUUUUUAGGCCACAACCAGUCAGUUCUUGCGUUUUGGCAUCACCUGACUCCCGGCCCCCAAAGUCCUCAAAUAUCACUUCUUUUCCGAUAUCUUCAAAUGAAAACCAUAAUAACUCGAGGCAUUCUUUUCCUUCUAACUCCCGUAGUACCACAAAUAAGCUAGAUUCCAUCCUUACGUCUAUAUCUCUUCAGCAACCACUACCACUAGCUUCUUUAGGACCUCUUUCGCCCCCACUUCUCUCGCCUCAUCAUUAUCAAACUCUUGUACAUACAGACUCAAGCGCCCAAACUCCUUCCAUUACUGAAUCAAUCGGCAGGAAAAUGAAGAGGCAGCUUGAGUCUGAGUCACAUGGUCUGGAUAAGGCAUUACGAGACAAGGCAGGCUCUAUUUAUUCCUGA